AGGCAGUAUCCACAAUCCAAUAGAUAAGGAGUCCUAAAUUCCAGACGGAAAAUGGGGAGAGAAAAAAAAGAGAAGAGAGAGUAGAGUACUCACACAGAAAAGGAAAAAGAAAAGAAAAUAAAAGAAAAUAAAAGAAAAAGAAGCAAAGACUUAUUAUUAUUAUUAUUAUUAUUAAAAUAAAGGAUAGGACCCAGUACUGUCUUUACUGGUCUGCUCUGUUCUGCCGAACCCCUCUCUCUCUCUCCAUCUUCCCUAUUCCACACAUCAUCUAGAUCACGCCACACUGAACCACCCAUCCCCAUGGCACCACACCACCCAAAUUCUAAUGCCGGCGGCGGCUGCUCUUAGGAACCAUCGAAACCCCUUUUGCUCUUUUUGGUUGAUUUUUUUUUGAGGUUUGUUUGUUCACUCCUCAAAACGCAAACGCUCUUUUUUAUCUCGUCACUAACGGAAAAUCUUACAUUUUUAUACGAUUGGGAGUGAGAUCUAUGCUAAAUUAUGUAGCUUUUUGUCUGUUUGUAGCAAUUUUUUGUUUUUAAUUUAUUUUAAGGAAGUUGAUCUGUGUUGGGUAUUUGGGGAUUUUGUGGUUUGUUUUAGAUCUGGAGUGGUGGGCAUUGAUGGCUGACCACCACUUUGUGUACGUACAUAUCUGAAGCGAAGGAGAGUUUUUUAUUUUGUUAAUAUUUGAUAGUUUUUUAGUUGGGUUUAGAUAUUUGGCUCUGGUUAGUUAGCUCAUAUAUGUAUAUGGGCAGAAGUAAGAUUGGAUUUUUAAUGUGUGUGUGAUUAAUGUGAGUGAUUUUGGGGAGAUUGGUUGGUUUUGGACGGAUUCGUUGUUGUAUUUUGAAAAAAAGUUGAGGAGUGAAGGGAAGGAAACACCAAUGUCUUUCAAAAGUGUGCUUCAAGGUAUGAAAGGUGAGCUUGGGAGUAUCUCAAGGAGAGGGUUUGAUGUUAAGUUUGGGAGGUCAAGAUCACAAAGGGUAGUUCAAGAUAACUUGGUCAAGGUUGAUGCUAUGAAGCAGAGUUGCUGGGCUAAUAUGCCGCCUGAGCUUUUGAGGGAUGUGCUGAUGAGGAUUGAAGCAUCUGAAGACACAUGGCCUCCUCGCAAACAUGUGGUUUCUUGUGCUGGUGUUUGCCGGAAUUGGAGGGAAAUAGUCAAAGAAAUUGUGAAAUCACCAGAAUUUUCUGGCAAGUUGACAUUUCCCAUCUCCUUGAAGCAGCCUGGUCCAAGGGAUUUGGUCCUUCAAUGCUUUAUAAAGCGCAAUCGGAGCAACCAAACUUACUAUCUUUACCUCGGCUUAAAUCAAGCUUCCACAGACGACGGCAAAUUUCUUCUUGCAGCGCGCAAAUGUAGACGUCCUACUUGCACGGAUUACAUCAUCUCUCUAAAUUCUGAAGACGUAUCUAAAGGAAGUAGUACUUAUGUUGGGAAGUUAAGAUCAAACUUUCUAGGGACCAAAUUUACAAUCUAUGAUGCCCAACCGCCAAGUUCUGGAGCCAAAGUUACUAAAUCUCGCUCUACCAGGCUUGUAAAUAUGAAGCAAGUUUCCCCAAGAGUUCCUGCUGGCAACUAUCCCGUGGCACAUAUUUCUUAUGAGUUGAAUGUGUUGGGCUCUAGGGGACCGAGGAGGAUGCAGUGUGUAAUGGAUGCCAUUCCUGCUCGCUCUAUUGAGCCAGGAGGUGCGGCCCCAACACCGACUGAAUUUGUGCAUAGCAGUGUGGAUAUGUUUCCCUCCCUCCCUUUCUUCAGAUCAAAAUCAACCCGCAUUGAGAGUUUCCAACCAGAACCUCCAUCUGGCCAAAGUGAAGGAUUGCUUGUGCUGAGGAACAAAGCUCCUAGGUGGCAUGAACAACUGCAAUGCUGGUGUCUGAAUUUCAAUGGAAGGGUGACAGUCGCCUCGGUAAAAAAUUUUCAGCUUGUGGCUUCUCCAGAGAAUGGAGCAGCCGGGCAGGAGCAUGAGAAUGUCAUUCUCCAGUUCGGAAAAGUUGGAAAGGAUGUUUUUACCAUGGAUUAUCAGUAUCCCAUCUCAGCUUUUCAGGCGUUUGCCAUAUGCCUCAGCAGCUUUGACACUAAGAUUGCAUGUGAAUGAAUAGCAGAGGCAUCUUUGACCUAGCAAUACUUACCUGUAGUUUGUAUUUAUAUGAAAGUGUGCUUCCCCCCCUUCUUUUUUUUUUUUGUCUUAACUAAGUCUGGAGUUUGAAAAAACACUAAAAAAAUUCCAUCUUCCUUGAAUAUCCUUUAAAGCUAUGUAGACGAUUUCAACAAAAGAAACAAACAAAAAGAAAAAGCAUCAUUGUGUUUUGCUGUUUGGCGAUCAAA